AUGGUCAAUGGAGAGGAAGAAGAUCCAAAUGUAAGGUACUGGAAGACAAAGUACGAUUUACUUCAUGAGGAUUACGGAAGAACCAAAGAAAGAACAGAAGAUCUCGAGAGUCGAUUAUUAGAAGUUGUGGAAGAAUCGGAAAGAAAAGAUCAUGAGAAAGAUAAGAGAAUUAGACAAUUAGAAAUAGAAUUAGAAGAAGCAAAUAGACGAAUUGAGCAGUUAGAAGAAGCUUGUUUCCGAUACAAAAAUCAAAAUAAACCGCCGACAACGAGUAGUGAAUUCAAAGCGACUGAACCCAUAAAGCUCCCGAUGGAAUCAGAGGAAACAGAAUCAAACGAGUUGAAGAAAGUGGAUGUUCAGCGAACGAUGAGCGGAAUAAGCACUCGUUCGUCAAUAGACGGUAUUACCCGUUCACCAGAGUUCCACGCUGGCCAACACAUGAUCUGCGAAUACCACAAGCUUCCAAUAUUAGCCAAAGGAGAGGGUUUCAUCUACGGGUUUCGCUGGAAUUUCGCUAACAAAAUACACAUAGUUUGA